ACCGCAUCUGACGUCAUCUCUGUGCGACACGUCAAAUCGCAGCGAAGUCACAUCCGAAAGUUGCCCACGCAAAGCACGUCCCGUUUCUGAGCGGACGUCGAAAAUAUUCAGUCGCCGCUUUGCUCAUUUGACUCGAGGGAGUUGCGCUCAAAUAAUGAAUGAACAAGAGCUGUUGGAGUACUUUCGCGGCCAGCUGAAGCAGGACCCCGACGUGGCUUCGGCCGUGGCCGCCAUCCGCACGCUGCUGGAGUUUCUCAAGCGAGAUGAAGGCGAGACCCUUCUGGGCCUGAGGGAGAACUUGACGUGGGCCACCGACCGCCUGACCAGCGUGGACUCGUCGGUGGCCGUGUCGUCGGGCGGCGAGCUCUUCCUGCGCUUCAUCAGUCUCACGUCGCUCGAGCACCAGGAAUUGUCGCGCUGCAAGAAAGUGAUGGAGGAGCGCGGGCAGCUGUUUGUGGACAAGAUCUCCAUGUCUAGGGGCAAAGUGGCCAAGCUGUGUCACACCUUCAUCAAGGACGGAGCCAAAAUCCUGACGCACUCAUACUCGCGGGUAGUCCUCAAGGUCCUGGAGAAGGCGGCGGCCGAGAAGAAACGUUUCUCCGUCUUUGUCACAGAGUCGCAGCCCGACGGCGCCGGGCGACUGAUGGCCAAGCACCUGAGAAAACUCAACGUUCCCGUCACCAUCAUCCUGGACGCUGCCGUGGGGUACGUCUUGGAGAAGGUGGAUCAAGUCAUCGUAGGUGCUGAAGGCGUGGUGGAGAGCGGCGGCAUCAUCAACAAGAUCGGCACCUACCAGAUGGCGGCGUGCGCCAAAGCCCACAACAAAGCCUUCUACGUGGUGGCCGAGAGCUUCAAGUUUGUGCGCCUCUACCCGCUCAACCAGCAGGACGUGCCUGACCAGUUCAAGUACAAGGCGGACACGUUGAAAAGUAGCUCCAACCUAUCGGAGGAGCACCCCCUGGUGGACUACACGCCACCCUCCCUCAUCACGCUGCUCUUCACCGACCUGGGCGUGCUCACGCCUUCGGCCGUCAGCGACGAGCUCAUCAAGCUCUAUUUAUGAAACGUCAAUAAAUGAAGAAAUGUCUUUAA